GCUGGUCAGUGCUGCUCGCGCGGGGGGACAGGCGACCACGCUACGUCUCGUGGGAGUUGGAGGUGAACAACCUUCUCUUGACUUUCACUUUCCUUGGAGCGGCGCCCGCGUGUCUACGUCUCCAGUCGCGGCCUCGUGGUUCUGCUGGGUUGAUUGUAAGGCGAUGGAGAACGGCACGAGCAACGGCUCUGGACAUGGCCCGGCCGGUGACGAGCCGGAGGGCCUGUUCAGCCGCGACCUGCUGACGUCACUGGCGUGGGGCGAUUACGCCGACCGGUUCCGGCCGGCCAUCUCGCCGGAGCAGCCCGGCGACGGCCUGCUGCUGCGGCCGCUGCAGCGCGCCGACUACGACAAGGGCUUCCUGACGCUGUUGGGCCAGCUGACGCAGGUCGGGGACAUCUCGCGGGAGGCCUUCCUCAAGCGGUACGAAGGCAUGGCCCGCUGUCCCGACACCUACUACCCGGUGGUGGUGGAGGACGAGGUCAAGGGUCAGGUGGUGGGCGCCGCCACGCUGGUCGUCGAGCAGAAGUUCAUCCACAACUGCGCGGUGCGCGGUCGGCUGGAGGAUGUGGUGGUCAGCGACGACUACCGCGGCAAGCAGCUCGGCAAACUUCUGAUAGCAGUCAUCAACCUGCUGGCCAAGAAGCUGCAUUGCUACAAGAUCACUCUGGACUGCAAGGAUAUCAUGAUACCUUUCUACUCGAAGAUGGGCUAUACGAACGAGAAUGGCAGAGCCAACUACAUGACCAUCCGAUACGAUUGACAUCUAGUGGUGCAGCUUAGAAAUGCUAGUUCGUAGUUAUGCCCGCGCGACUUGCCAGAUGGCGCAGGCGACAGCGGAGGCGCCUGCGGGAAGCGUUCAUUCGCACGAUUCCACCACGCCUGGAGGGAGACUUCAGGCGUGACAUUUUGAUGGUGAUGGUUUACACGGUCUCAUGGCCCUUGCGAGUCGCAACUGCGUGUUUAUCGGUCAUGUUGGUGACCAUUCCCAUGUGAGUGUGAUCAUAAAGAUGAGUAUGGGUCACAAAACUCAUCUCACGAAAGCUCAUCAUGCACCGCAAUACGGGCCACUACGACAUGUUCAGAAUGGUGCGAGGUGAAUGGACACUUUCUGAGUCGGUUUACAUCCGUUUGUGCAAUGAUAGGGUCACGAUAUCUUCAGGCAUUGCUGCAAGGCCUCCUUGCAUGUGUUGUAUUGAUAGACUGAACAGAUAUUGAGGUGCUGGGAUAAUGCAACUUGUAAUUAGAUGUGGCCACUUUAUUCUGGCAGCAUGCCAGAAGCCGCUGACUUGUGUACUUCCGGUUUGAUUCUGAUACGUCCUCACAACCUAUCCAGGACCUCCCCAUCUGUCUCAUUUACGUUACCUUUCCCAUGCCUUACUGUGUAAGCACUCAUCUUCGUGAACAAAGGAUUAUUAUCAGUCACCUUCGUGGAUGUGUCACGUGAUAUAUCCCAUAUCGAACCAUGAGACUGUGGCAGCUUUGAGAAAUGUGUUUAUUUUUGGGAUAUAAACUGUGCCAGUCUGACC